GCAGGGUAAGGGUUCAAGAGAUUUUUUUUAUAUAAAGAGUGUAGGAUCGGAACAUUUUCAGUCAGCAUCAUAUUCGGACUUUUCCUAUAUUCCUAUACAACUUUAGGUCUAUAUUUAAUUAUUUGACUUUGUCCAAAUUAUAUUUAUUUGUCCUUUCAUAAUGUACUCUCGUGUUCUUGCUAUUGCCGCUAUUGUCACUAUGGCCUUGGCUGUUCAAGCCGCCAACAGCACUGCUAACAGCACUGCUCCUUUCGGUAACGCUACCACUGCCGCUGCUAACGGCACCAACGGUACUAAUGGUACCAACGGUACCGGUGGUGGCUCCGGUGCUGAGUCUUCUAGCCCUAGCGCCGCUUCCUCUCUUACCAACUUCAGCUCUGGUGCCUUCGUUAUCGCCAUGAUUGCUGUUGCUUGCUCUGUCAUGUCUCUUUAAAUUCUCACAAUAUGCCCUUAGCAUCUUCUGCUGAAUGUAAAUAAUCGCUACGAGUUUCUUACUACUGGCCAAUAAAUACCUCUAGUAGAGAGGAGUCAAUAAUAUUGUCUGCAAUUUAUCGACGUUUUCUAUUUCAUAUGCUGUAUAUUGCUGUUGUCAAAGUAUAAUGAAAAAAAAAAGUCAGAAGGGGUACCUCGAGCGGUUUGUAUUUGCAGAGGACAGUCGUAUGGGGACAAAUGUGGUGUAAAUAAUGAUAUAAGAAGUAUUGAUUCUUCUCUGCUUUCGAUCUUUUUUAUUACUUUUGUUCAUUUUUCUUUUUAAUUCUGUGCUGGAUUCUGUGCUACUGGUUGUUGUUCUUGAUGCCAAAAGUGUUUACUAAAAUAUGUUGAAUACAACCAAGAAAAUGUAGUUGUGAGUGUUUCUUUUUUUCUUUUGCUUGGAGGAGGAAAUUUUUGCAAGUACCAGGAUUUCUUUGUUUUGCUUCUAAUUUAGAAUGUCAAAAAUUUGUUUUAUUUCCCCAUCUUGCCUAGAUGGCACACGGGGCUCCUGCUCCUGCUCCUCUGCCUCUCUUCCGACUGAUGAAUGGGGGGAAUCUGUGAUUUUCUCUUUUUUUAUGAAUUUCCCCAUUGAUCCAUGGUCUGCAGGACGGUAGCUUGGGAGUUUUCCAAUCUUUUCUAUUGGCUUGUGCUUGUAUCGAUACAUGAGCGUUCUUUGAAGAAGAAGAAAAAAGAGGAGGAAGGUUUGAGUUUUUCUUUUUUCUUUUUCUUUGAUGAAAACUCAUCAUUGAGUAUUGAUAAGUGCUGUUUAGGAAGAUUGUCAUUUAUUAUUUUUUUUCUCUCGUCACGCGUUUACAAAUACAUGUAUACAUUAUUCUUUUGAUAAUAUUUUCCUAUUGAAUUGUAGAAUUAUGUUUAGUAGUAGAAGUAGUAGUUAGUAGUACAUCGAGUAAUAGGAACUGUGA